AUGCUGCGCCCCGCUCUGUCGGUGGUCCUCGCCGGGCUGCUGUGCCGGACCGCGCAGGGGAAGCUGGCGACAGGAGAACGGUCCGCGUCGGUGGCCAGCAGGAGGCCGACCGGUGGAGAUACCUCAGCAAGUUCGGCUACACCAUCGGCGCCGGGAUCUACGAGGUGCGCGUGCGGAGCCCGCCGGACGCACCUGGUGCCAGCGAGGCCCCGAGGGUGGACCUGCAGCUCUUCCUCGACGAGGAGUGGAGCGAGGCGGAGGCGCUGCCUCCCUGCGAGAGGGCGGCCAAGAGCCGCAGCGCGCAGCGCCCGCGGCCCGGCGCAAAGCCUGGCGAGUGGGGCGCGUGGACCAAGGGCCAGGUCGUGCAGCAGGUGCGCUCGCACAUAUGGUACUUCGCUCUGUCGGGCUGCGCGGAGGAGCGAGUCCAGGACCUCGAGUUCGAGAUCCGAAUGCGCCAGGCUGAUCGCUCCGAGCUGGGAGCCGAGAUGCGGUUCAUGCCCAUCUUGCAUGCUCCUCCUUGGCGCAGUCACGGUUUUCUCGGCGGGUCUCGGCAGGAGCUGCGCGGCGGCGAGGGCCGCCGCCGGCGGCGUGCACCCGGUCAUCCGGGCGCUCGUGGCCGCAGUCGCGUUGCAGUGGGCGGCGCUGCUAUGCGAGGUCCUGCACCUCUGCUCCUACCAGGGCAACGGCUUCGGCGCGCCCGUUGCCGACGCCCUCUCGGGGGUGCUCGAUAUGCUCAGCCAGGUGGUCAUCGCAACGCUGCUCGUCGCCAUCGCGCACGGUUACUGCCUCACGUGCGCGCGGGCGCGCGAGCUGCCGGGCCUCUUGCCCAUGUCCGCCGUGGUGGCGGCGGCGCACGUGGCGCUCGUGCUCCUCGACAAGCUCUGGGGGGAGGCCUCGCACGAACACCACGAGACGGGGGGCGCGCUCGGCGUCGCGAUGGUCGCGAUGAGGCUGGCGCUCUUCGCGCGGUUCUCUGCCGGGAUCCGCGCGCUCGUGGGACGCGUGAGCCCGCAGCUGCAGCGCUUCGCUCGCCUGUUCGGGGUCGCCGGGGCGGCGUACCUCCUGAGCCACCCGGUGCUCUUCCUGUUGGCGCAGGCGGUGGCGCCCUACCUGAGACACCCGCUGCUGCAGGUCGGGCUCCAGGGCGCGCAGGCGGUCUGCUCCCUCGGCUUGGCCGCCCUGCUGCUGUCCGGCUCCGGCUGCUUCUACCGCGCGUCGACGCUGAGCGGCCCGGCGCUCCCGGCGCCGGGCGCCGCCGCGGGCGCGUGCUCCCAGCGCGCGCCCGCUGGGGCGAGCGGCCUGGUCCCGCUGCGGCGGAGGGGCGGCGCCUGA